AUGAGCGCGUCCGAGGAGGAGAUCGCCGGCCCCGUCGCCGUCAGGAGGAGGCGGGACGGCAAGGAGCCGGCGCCGGCCAACGAGGAGCCGGCGCUGGCCGCGCUGGCCGACGACGUGCUGCUGCAGAUCCUGGGCCGGCUGGAGGAGGACCCGCGCGACUGGGCGCGCGCCUCCUGCGCCUCCCCGCGCCUCGCCGCGCUCCUCCGGGCCGCCUGCUUCCCGCCGCGCGUCUCCCAGGCGCUCCCCGCCGAGCUCCUCCCGGCGGACGGCGCCCCCGCCGCCUGGGCCGCGCUCCACAAGAUGUCCGUCUGCUGCCCCGGCCUCCUCCGCGCCGGGAUCCUCCUCGAGCCCUCCGACGACUUCGGCCUCGAGCUCGACAUCGGGCCCGACCUCACCGUCCCCGCCUCCUCCUCCUCCUCCUCCUCCCUCGAACCCACAGCCACCUCCCUGUCAAGAACCAGCCCGCUGCCCAACCCCAGCGACCCACCGGCCGCCACCGCCGACGCCGCCGUGUGGUCGCUCUACGAUGACCUCUACCUCGACGCGGCGUACGACUGCACCUCCGAGGCGCACACCCCCGCCCCCGCCGCACCGGCAGCAGACUCGCCCCCAACACCACCACCAGCACCAGCACCAGCACCCAAUGCCGUCCGGCGGGGCGUGGCGUCGGCGACCCGGCGGCGCCCGCGGAGGUGGCUGGGGCCCGUGGGCGCGCACCUCGCGUCGGGCUCCCGGACGCUGAGCCGCGAGCAGGGCAACAAGCUCCUGGCCAGCCGCUUCCGGGGCGACCGGCUCUACAUCUGCGACUGGCCCGGCUGCGUGCACGCGGAGGAGCGGCGCAACUACAUGGUCUUCCGCGGCGUCUUCCAGGACUUCGCGCGCUCCCAGGUGCGCCGCGCGCUCCGGGACACGCGCCGCCCCACCGUCGCCGUCGACUGCGCCUUCUGCGGAUGCACCCAGGCCUGGGACCUCUACUCCGCCUUCUGCCUCCGGAGCUUCUACGGCUACCACGACGACGGCGAGCCCGUCGUGCGCGCAUACGUCUGCGAGAACGGACACGUCGCCGGCGCAUGGACCGAGCGCCCGCUCUACUCCUGACUGCUGGCAGGCAUGUCCAGUGGCAACAGCAUGACGCGCAUGCCAGCCACGCUCUGCCGUUGUUAAAUUACCGAGGAAACCUCUCGCGUGCAUAGCAGCGAUGACUGCUGUGGAUCUCAGCGAGCUCUAGGAUCAUGCGUGAGUAAUGUAUCUUUUCUCUUGUUGAUGAUGAUGAUGCGGAGCUGGUGAUUCAGAUUUCGCGUCAUCUGAUGGAUGUAGUAGCUCUGAUGCUUAGCACAACGAAGAAUGUAAGUGGAUGUUUACAUUGACACCUGAUAAUGUGGUGAGCUGAUUCCAUCGACUUCA